AUGCGUGCGCUGUGGCCGCUGUGCCUCGCCCUGGGAGCCGCGGCGGCGGCGGCCGCGGGCGGGGGCGGGGGCGGGCGGCCGAGCGCGGAGCGCAGCUCCGUGUGGGGGCCAGGGCUGCGCGCCGCGGCCGCGCUCCCCGCGCGCUACUUCUACGUGCAGGCCGUGGACGCCCGAGGGCUGAGGUUCACUUCAUCACCAGGUGAAAAUGCAUUCCAGGUGAAGAUCACUGCUCCUGAAGAACAGUUCACUCGUGUUGGUGUGCAAGUACUGGACAGGAAAGAUGGUUCCUUCCUCGUGAGGUACAGGAUGUAUGCAAGCUACAAAAGCCUGAGGAUAGAAGUUAAAACUGGAGAUAAGCAUGUUGCAAAGUCUCCAUAUAUUUUAAAAGGACCUAUUUACCAUGAAAACUGUGACUGUCCUCAGGAGGAAAGCAGUGCUUGGCUGGAAGUGAUGAACUGCCCUCAAACCAUUCCACAGAUUCAGAGAGACCUAGCAAAUUUUCCCACUGUUGACCCAGAUAAGAUUGCAAAAGAAAUUCCACAGAGGUUUGGACAAAGACAGAGUUUAUGUCACUACACUAUCAAAGAUAAUGAGGUUUAUAUCAAGACAUAUGGGGAACAUGUCGGCUUCAGAAUUUUCAUGGAUGCCAUUCUGCUUUCUUUGACAAGAAAAGUGAAAAUGCCAGAUGUAGAAUUUUUUGUUAAUUUGGGGGACUGGCCUCUGGAGAAAAGGAAGCCCCCACAGAACUUGCACCCCAUCUUCUCGUGGUGUGGGUCCAGUGAGUCAAAAGACAUUGUCAUGCCAACAUAUGACUUAACAGACUCAGUUUUGGAGACUAUGGGACGAGUGAGCCUGGAUAUGAUGUCAGUACAAGCAAACACUGGCCCAUCAUGGGAAGACAAGAAUACCACAGCCUUCUGGAGAGGACGUGACAGCCGCAAAGAGAGGCUUGAGCUUGUUAAACUCAGCAGGAAAUAUCCAGAGAUCAUAGACGCUGCUUUCACAAACUUUUUUUUCUUUAAACAUGAUGAAAGCCUCUAUGGCCCUAUCGUUAAACACAUUUCAUUUUUUGAUUUUUUUAAGUAUAAAUAUCAAAUUAAUAUUGAUGGCACAGUGGCAGCAUACAGAUUGCCUUAUCUACUAGCAGGAAACAGUGUGGUGCUAAAGCAAGACUCCAUCUACUAUGAACACUUUUAUAAUGAGCUACAGCCAUGGAAACAUUACAUCCCAUUUAAAAGUAACCUGAGUGAUCUGCUAGAAAAACUACAGUGGGCAAAAGAUCAUGAUGAAGAGGCAAAAAAUAUUGCAAAAUCUGGACAGGAAUUUGCAAGAAACAAUCUCAUGGGAGACCACAUUUUUUGUUACUAUUUCAAACUUUUCCAGGAAUAUGCUAGCUUACAAGUGAGUGAACCAAAAAUCAGAGAUGGGAUGGAGAAGGUGCAGCAGCCUGAUGAUGACCUUUUCCCAUGCACUUGCCACCGAAAAAAGGCCAAAGAUGAACUCUGACAGAAAUAAAUAAAUUUUUUCAGUAUUUACCUACAUUCAGACUGUCAAGAUCCUUAAAGAAAGAAGAAUCUGGAUUAAUAUGUCCAUGGAUAACAUCAGUG